CUCGGGACUUCUAAGCGAUCAGUUGGUUUAGCUCCGCCGUGGCCAAAUAUCUUCGCAUAGAUCAAAUAUCACUCAAUAUCUCGUAUGCGUGAUCAGUGAUCGUUCGAUUUUAUUUCUUUCAAUUUCAACAAUUUGUUUGCAAUCUUUUUGUUUGGCAUACGGAAGCAGCUAAAGCGCCUUUUAAUCUUUAAGAAAUGUUUAUAAAAAAAUAAAUUAAUAAAAGCAGCUCUCAUAUUCGCGUAUAUAAUUUAUGAAGGCAACAAAAGCAAAUGCCGCGUAUCUGUUAAAUGUCAGCGUGAAGAAUAUAUUCCCAAUUUAUUGUUUUGUGAUUGCAUAUUUGACAUAAUUGCUUGUGCAUUGAUUUAUUUCUCGACCCGAAAUCGUUUUUACGUCUUUAUCUUCUGAUUAUCUUGCGAUAAUCCAGGCAGAGAUUGGCCAAUUGGUUUCAAACAACGCUUCAAUUUCGAGUGCAUGAUAAUGCAGUACAGUCCAAUGAUCAGCUUUGUGUUGUUGCUGUGCUGUACAGUGUUGCUGCUGGCCACAGCGACAGCGACAACAGCAACAGGUAGCCACAACAACAACAACAAUACACGUUUGCAUAGCCAUCGAAUACAUCGACAGCAUCGUCAUCAUGUUGGCUCACAUAAGUUGCAACAUCUGCACCACAGUGUCAAGUCUGAGGUGGAGCUGUUGCCGGGUGUGACAAUGACACCACCGCGUGGCACGGACACGGCAACAACGCGUCUGCGUCGCCUGCACCACGCACACAAUCCCUACAACAAGGUGUCGACACGUCGCCUCCAUCAGCAUCAGCAUCAGCAUCCACAUCAACAUCAGGGCGCAGCCGCCGCACGACCCACCGAAUGGGACUACAACACAUACAACAUCUAUACAAAUACCUUUGGACCACCGCCACCACCGCUGCCACCGCAUGCUGGCAAGGGUGAGGACAACACACAGGAUGUGGAGUUCAUUGGGGUCACGGGUCGUGGGCGUGGCUAUGAGUAUGUGCCACCAAUAACCACCGCUGCACCACCGCCAAAUCUCAAUCGUCGUGCCAGCUCGCCACAUUUGGGAUUGGGCACAGUGCCACCGCUGGUGCCAGCUAGACGUGGCUACAGCUACACCACAACGGCGCCCAGCACCACCGCCAGCAGCACCACCAGCAGCAGCACCACCGAGGAUCCCUACGAGACGAACACAAUCAGUCGCAAUUAUCCCACAGAUGCCAAGGAGAUGGAGCGACGACACAUUUGCGUGCAACAGCGUACGAUCACGAUGCCGGUGAAGACAACGGAGGUGUAUACGCGACCCACCUGGAAACACAUAAGCACACCCUGUCAGCCGCCCACGCAUGCCGGACAGAUGUGCACGCGAGUCCAGUUGGUCCACGAGCAGGCCUACCGGGAUGUCAUCAAGCAUAAGCCGGCACAGCAGAUGUCCUACGACUGCUGCUCAGGCUGGAGCCGGGAGACGCCACACUCGGAUGCGUGCAUGAAACCUAUUUGCACCACGCGCUGUCAUAAUGGUGGCAACUGCACGGCGCCCCAAACCUGCAGCUGUCCAUCGGGAUUUACGGGCCGGUAUUGCGAACAGGAUGUCAACGAAUGCGAGAUGGAGAAACCCUGCGAUCAGCAAUGUGUGAAUACUCCAGGCUCCUACUUCUGUCGCUGUCGACACGGCUUUAUAUUGCAGGCGGAUCAGCAGAGUUGCCGCAAGACUUCCUCCCAUGUGGAUGAUGCAUUUGAGGCGCGAGAUCUGGAGAAUGAUAUUGAUGAUACGGAUGCAGAGGUUGCCACGCGACUGCAGAAGAUCGAACGCUCGCUGGCCAAUGAGCGAGUGCACACCAAUGAGUUGCAGAAGUCCUUACAGGCCACUUACAGCGUGGUGGACACCUUAAAAAGCAGGCUGAGCACACUGGAGAAGCAAACGCAGGAUGUGAGUCGCAUUCAGACGAAUCUCUACAAAACAGAAUCACGCACUAACAAGCUGGAAGGCAUGUUGAAUCUGCUGAUGAAAUGUCGAAAUGGCCCAAAUGCCAACUGUCCCUAGAAUCUAGACGGAAAAUUUGUGCCAGCGCCAACACAGAACUGCAUUUUAACGCUAGCAAUUAAAAGUUUAGUUAAUUUAAACGUAUCCAUUUUCUGAUUGUGUAACUGUAGCUGCUCCUGCUUGUAAGCCAUUCCCGAACGCAAGUGCCUCCGUAGUUUCUAAAUGCAAUAUAUGUUACAAUUUAUAAGUUCAUUUAGUACUUAAGCGAACGUGUCAUAAAUUUAUGUAUUAAAACCGAAUGCUCUAGUUUUUAAGACCACAUUUUGCUAUUGACGUGUAUGUGUCUAGUAUUUGCAUGUAUUUGUAUAUAAUAUAUAUGAGAAAAUAGCGCACCAAUAAAUACAUUUUUGUAUUCGCCA